UACUAUCAAUUGACUAACAUUUACGUUUUACAUUUGGAAAACUUGAUGUUCGGUAAAUGUUACUAAUUAUAUAAAUUUUUACUUGUAUGUACAUAUAUGGGUCAAAUGUAUAAAGUUUGUUAUCUGUACCGCAAAUAUUACAGUAUCGUAUUUGGUUAUUCAAAAUAAAGAAAAAUCUUUAUUUAAUGUCUGCAUUCACGAUAGGAGAGUAUCGAAUUACUUAUUUUUCCUUGAAUUUAUGCAGCAUUGCCCCUGACCAGAUUCGUAUCUUCACAAAGCAUUUAACUGCCCUUUUUUAGCUGUCUAUAUCACGCGAAAGUAUAUCACGCAGAAUGAUCGAUAAUAUUUUUCGUUUCUCGAUGAAUUGCACUGAGUGAGUGAACACAAAAUGUAGAGUCGUUAAAAAUCAGUACAAUAUCGUUCUUAUUUUUCUGCACGUAUAUCUAUAUAGGAAAGAAUAGUAUGCGCGAUACAGGGGCUGUUCUAAUAAUAGAAUAUGCUCAAAAUAUAACGAGGAGCAACCUUUACCAACGGCUAACGAAAGUCAUGUAACGUGUAACAUGUUUGUGUAGUCGUUGAAAAUAUACGAAGCGCUCUACGACGAUGCGUUUUAAACAGAUAAUGCCGGAAGUAUGUUGUGUUGUACGUUCAUUUCUCGUCAGUCAAUGAGUUAUGUGUUAAUCUGACUACACAUCACCGAAAAAUUUUGCGACAGUAUCAAUAGUACGAUUAUUUUCUAGUACAUUAGCACCGAGCUCGCGAGUAACCGCCACGCAAAGAUCGUGUCGCAUUAAUCGAAUUUGGUGAGACCUUAGAAAAUUCCAAAGUGGCGCGGUGAACGUUGCAAUCAAGAACGAUCGUUGUUCUUUGUGCGUUGUUCAAGAAAUAUUUUUUCAAAUACCGAUUUGUGUGCGUGAAAAGCGUGUUACGGGAAGAAUACGUAUUAAGUAAUAUCAAGUAUAUCGAAUAUCGAGUAAUAUCGACAAAUAAUGAGCGAGGGGACGACGUUGAACGCGCGUAUACUUUUCGUCAUCUUCCCACCUUUUAUGUUCUACAAAAAUAUAUUUUGAAACUCGCUCUAUACAUGACUUUACUUUUUACGUAUAUUUAAAAAGCAUUAGAAGAACCGUUAUAUGUUUGUUAAGGAAAAAACGUAGUUGUGUUGCGCAUGUCUCAGCAAAAUUGACUUUAUAGCACCUUGUUUUGCUUAUGCGGCUUAAUUUUAAGUGUCGUGCGUUUUUACUUAAAUCAAACUGACAAAACGAAAAAACCUUACGCUUUCGAGAUCUAUUCUUCGCGAAAACAAAACAUCCGUCUUGCCUGUAGGAUCGGAGUUAACGUUUGAAAAAUUCAACUUGGAGAAUAUCAACGUCCGACAUGGUGCAGCAGGAGCAGGCUCACGAUGCAAAGCAACAAAUUGCAACAAGUCCAGAGGACACGGAGGAUAUACCUGCAGGUCAACAAGGACCUCAGGUCCCUCGACGCAGAGGUGGUAUUUCCGCGGAACCGGUCUCCGAAGAAGAUGCGACCAGUUACGUUAAAAAAGUCGUACCUAAAGACUACAAAACGAUGGCUGCUUUGAGCAAGGCAAUUGCUAAAAAUGUCCUUUUCGCUCAUCUCGAUGAAAAUGAACGUUCCGAUAUAUUCGAUGCAAUGUUUCCCGUCACGUUUCUACCCGGAGAGGCGAUUAUUCGUCAAGGCGACGAAGGUGACAACUUUUAUGUUAUUGAUCAAGGAGAAGUUGAAAUCUUUGUAAACGGAGAGUUAGUUACAACGAUCGGCGAGGGAGGAAGUUUUGGUGAAUUGGCGUUGAUCUAUGGUACUCCACGUGCUGCCACUGUUCGAGCAAAAACUGACGUAAAAUUAUGGGGUAUCGACAGAGACUCUUACCGCAGAAUUCUUAUGGGUUCAACUAUAAGAAAACGAAAGAUGUACGAGGAAUUCCUGUCCAGAGUUUCGAUUUUAGAGUCUUUGGAUAAAUGGGAACGUCUGACGGUAGCCGAUGCUUUAGAACCGGUAGCAUUUGAUGACGGCGAAACGAUAGUUCGACAAGGUGAACCGGGCGAAGAUUUUUACAUAAUAGUUGAGGGUACGGCUGUCGUUCUUCAGCAGCGUUCAGAGGGCGAGGAACCUGCGGAGGUUGGUCGUUUAGGGCCGUCUGAUUAUUUUGGUGAAAUUGCACUGUUGUUGGACAGGCCGAGAGCAGCGACUGUAGUGGCACGAGGACCAUUAAAAUGUGUGAAACUCGAUAGAGCAAGAUUUGAACGAGUUUUAGGUCCUUGCGCAGAUAUUCUGAAACGCAACAUCACCCAAUAUAACAGUUUCGUGUCCUUGUCCGUAUAAAUUGCCGUACAAACAACGUUAUCAGUCACUUGAAUUCUUUUUAUGAAACUACUUUUCAUUAUUAACAUUUUUUAUUUGAGUAAUAUGUAAGUAAUAACUAUCUCAAGCCGGUUAACGAUAUACGUGUUAAGAAUUAUAUAUGUUAAUCAUCUUUUGAACUUCAUACAUUUUAUUUUUACAUUUUCGAAAUUGGGUUAUAUCAUUGCAUUUUGUCGUUUAAUGUCUCAAUAGUUUAUUCUAUUCUUUAAAUUCUAAAAGAACAGCAAUUAUCUUAUAGAUACAUAUGUAUUUUUAAAAGAUGCUAGUGACAUAUAUAGUUCUUAUGAACACAAUUUGAAUAAUUAGAAAUGUCGUAAAACUUAAAAUCAUUACGCACUAUAAAUCUCGUAACAUGGAGCUGUAAGAAUUAAUCGCUGAAAUCUUUUACACGAUCGUUCCCCGACAAUUAUUGAUACACGCGAAAGUUUGAAAAAUUUUAGCAAAUGUAUGUUUUACCUCGCAACAUUUAAUGUUCGAAGUAAUAAAUAAAAAAUUCUAUUGUGUUAAUUACCUCAUCGAA